UACUUCCUCAAUUUAUGCCAGCAAAUGCGAGCCCUCGGUGUAGACUGGUUAUUGCAGCAUAGCUAAAUGCUCGCUAGCUAGUUAUAUAACUCAUUGAUUGCAUUUCUAGCUAGAUCCAUCGUUUGGAUCUUUGAACUUUUGUUGAAUUAAACAACAUCUCUCUAGAAAAAUGAUCCCGGAGCUGUCCAGUCCCUCAGUGUGUAUGAGGGACCCUCAGAGGGUGGAGGAGAUCAUCAAGGCCAUGCAGAAGGCUGGCACCAGCACGAUUCAGGUGAUUUCAGACUUCGACAUGACCCUCACAUGGUUUGCCUACAAUGGGAAGCGGUGCCCUACCAGUCACAAUAUCCUGGACAACAGCAAGCUCAUCAGUGAGGAGUGCAAAGCACAGCUGAAGGACCUGCUCAACACAUAUUACCCCAUAGAGAUCGAUUCCAAACGGACAGCGGAGGAGAAGCUACCACUCAUGGUGGAGUGGUGGACUAAAGCCCAUACUCUUCUGGUGCAGCAGCGCAUCAGGAAAGACCUGCUGAAGGAUAUGGUGAAGGAGUCCGAUGCUAUGCUCAGGGAGGGCUACCAGCUGUUCUUUGACCACCUGCAGGAGCACAGCAUCCCUCUGCUCAUCUUCUCUGCUGGGCUAGGAGACGUGCUGGAGGAGGUGAUCCGCCAGGCCGGGGUCUUUCACCCCAACGUCAAGGUCUUCUCCAACUACAUGGACUUUGAUGAGACUGGAGUGCUGAAGGCCUUCAAAGGGGAGCUGAUCCACAUCUAUAACAAGAGGGAGGGAGCUCUGCUGAACACGGGCCACUUCCAGGAGCUCAAGUCACGCCACAACGUCCUGCUGUUGGGAGACUCUCUGGGGGACCUGACCAUGGCUGAUGGGGUGCACAGCAUGGAGAACAUCCUCAAGAUCGGCUUCCUCAACGACAAGGUGGAGGAGAGGAAGACGUCCUACCUGAAUGCUUAUGACAUCGUGCUGGUGAAGGAUGAGACCAUGGAUGUGCCGAACGCCCUACUGCUCCACCUCACCGGCACCAAGUGACCUGACCAUGAACUUCAUCUCACUGGCCAAUCAGUAACGAGCGUUCCGACGCUACAGGAAAUAUGUCGUGCUGGUUUAGAAAGCUCUUGCUCAGGAAGUGCCAGUAGUCAAAUACCAUGAGCCAAGUCAGAAUGGUAUUGUUUUUGGUCUUUUACUAAAGCUCCAAUGGCUGUUUGUGUGGGUCACUGGGAUGGAUUCCAGACUGUGUCGCCCUUCCACGCUCCUCCAGUUGAAUCCUUGUUGAACACUUACAACUUGAGAGCAACAUCCUUUAUAGUCCUACAAUUUGAUUUGAUUUACUCUACUCAGCAACCCUACGGUCACAUUCUCAAUUGUUUAUGAACCAUCAAUAGUCCAACUGAAAUGGAACAGGGAAACUAGGUGACUUCCCCGUCUGGUAAAUGUGUAUUGGGUUUGUGGGGAGAGAAACUUUACUGGUGAUAUGUAUGCUCUGUCUACAUAUGAGGAAUGUACAGCACCAGUAAAACAUUUGGACACACCUACACAUUCAAGGGUUUUUCUUUAUUUUUACAAUUUUCUACAUUUUAGAAUAAUAGUGAAGACAUCAAAACUAUGAAAUAACACAUUUGGAAUCAUGUAGUAACUAAAAAAAAGUGUUAAACAAAUCAAAAUAUAGUUUAUAUUUCAGAUUCUUUAAAGUAGCCACCCUUUGCCUUGAUGACAGAUUUGCACACUCUUGAUAUUCUCUCAACCAGCUUCACCUGGAAUGCUUUUCCAACGGUCUUGAAGGAGUUCCCACAUAUGCUGAGCAGUUCUUGGCUGCUUUUCCUUUAUUCUGUGGUCCAACUCAUCCCAAACCAUCUCAAUUGGGUUGAGGUCGGGUGUUUGUGGAGGCCAGGUCAUCUGAUGCAGCCUGGAGGUGUGUUGGGUCAUUGUCCUGUUGAAAGACAAGUGAUAGCCCAGCAGAGUGUAAACCAGAUGGGAUGGCGUAUCGCUGCAAAAUCCUGUGGUAGCCAUGCUGGUUAAGUGUGCCUUGAAUUUUAAAUAAAUCACAGACAGUGUCACCAGCAAAACACCCCCACAUCAUCACACCUUCUCCGUACUUCACGGUGGGAACCACACAUGCAGAGAUCAUCCCGUUCACCUAAUCUCAACUUUUAACUCAUCAAACCUAAGGACGGAUUUCCUCCAGUCUAAUGUCUAUUGCUUGUGUUUUUUGGCCAAAGCAAAUCUCUUCUUAUUGGUGUCCUUUAGUAGUUUAUCUUUGCAGCAAUUCGACCAUGAAGGACUGAUUCAUGCUGUCUCUUCUGAACAGUUGAUGUUGAGAUGUGUAUGUUUCUUGAACUCUGUGAAGUAUUUAUUUGGGCUGCCAUUUCUGAGGCUGGUAACUCUAAAGAACUUAGAGGGGGUUUUCCUUUGGUCCUCAUGAGAGCCAGUUUAAUCAUAGCUCUUGAUGUUUUUUUGCGACUCCACUUGAAGAAACGUUAACAUUUCUUGAAAUGUUCUGCAUUGACUGACUUUCAUGUUUGAAAGUAAUAAUGGAUUGGAAUUUCUCUUUGCUUAUUUGAGCUGUUCUUGUCAUAAUAUGGACUUAUCUUUUGUAUACCACCCCUACCUUGUCACAACACAACUGAUUGGCUCAAAUGCAUUAAGAAGGAAAUAAAUUCCACAAAUUAAUUUUUAACAAGGCACACCUGUUAAUUGAAAUGCAUUCCAGGUGACUACCUCAUGAAGCUGGUUGAGAGAAUGCCAUGAGUGUGCAAAGCUGUCGUCAAGGCAAAGGGUGGCUACUUUGAAGAAUCUCAAAUAUAAAAUAUAUUUUGAUUUGUUCAACACUUUUUUUUGUGUGUUAUUUCAUUGUUUUGAUGCCUUCACUAUUAUUCUACAAUGUAGAAAAUAGUACAAAUAAAGAAACACCCUGGAAUGAGUAGGUGUGUCCAAACUUUUGACUGGUACUGUAUGCAUGUGGGUGCUGUUGUUUAGAUCUAGAUGUUGUUGUCUUCUCUGUACAGAUGAAAGUUGAAUGAGUUAUGGUUUGUUUGUCAUGUGGGACCUAUAUUUGUCAUAUAAAGGGAAAGAAGACAGGAUAGAGGGCAAUCUAACUUGACUUUUGCCGUAUCAGUUUGAAACGCCAGUGUUUUAUCUUAGUGUUCUAUACGCCAUCUUUUUUGUUUCGUGAGACUUUGUUCUCGCCCUUUUUUUUGAGAAGUGUCUAUUCAAUGAGAAUGAUUACAGUAAAUGAGGUUCAUGUUAGGCACUUAUUUAUUUUCAUCUCUUAAUAGACUACUGUUUUAUGUGGAUAUCAUCAGUAUGGAAUCUGAUGAUACUGUGUCACACGGCAUUAUGGCAUAGGGUUGUGUGCGUGGCUUCGUUUUACAAUGGACUUUUUUGGGCGCCACAGUGCCACCAUGUGGUCAAAUUAAUAGUAAUUCGAGCCAUGUGUAUAUAUUGACAUUUACAGUAUCACUCCAUGCUAGUCUCAAAAAUCCAUCCACCUUUAGCCUUGAUACAUCGAAAUUACAUGACAAAGGUAAUAGAAUUUUGAAUAUUUGCCAUGUUUAUAUUUUCUCUGAAAUGCCAUCACUUUCUGUAAAACAGCAGAGUUUUGAUUAUGUUGUAUCUUUUAGAGUCCAAUUGUUGCCUUUUAGAGUCCUGUAAAAGUAAUGGUUGACCUAUUCGGUUUAUGGUGAAGAACAUCUGAAUAUUUAGUACUUUUCAUUUUUUGUAUGACGGCAAAACAUUUAAUUGCCACAUAAUGGAGGUUUUUAGUUAUUGGUACAGCCAAGGCAUCGGAUUCUAUUGCUAUUAUUAGUAUGUUUUGCCAAAUUAUAGUAUAACAUUACAUGUUUAAAGAUUUGAAGUGGAAAUCCAUUCAUAUUAAAUGGCGAUGUCACAGGUACAGUACGCAAGAAUCCGGUCAUACAUUUCCCUUGAGACGUGUGUGGGGACAGUGUGUUCGCUGCAUUGUAUUUUGAGGGGACAGUGUGUUUGCUACAUUGUAUUUUUCACCUGUAUGAGAUACGUAGGCAGAACAGGAUAAUCUCUCCACAACUGUAAAUAAAAUGUGGCCACUGAACCCUUGUUUCACUUCA